AGCCCAAAUUGACAUAACAGCUUUGGGAAGCCAUGCUUCGGCAUCCAGCGCUGUCCGCCCCCAGCAUUAACCCGGCUAUUUCGAGAAACUUCCAGCCCACUUUUCCACGUCACUUGAGGGGAUCUUUAAAGCGUCCGUCGCCUGUGGAACAUGUUCCAGUACUCGACGGCCGGCAACAUGAACGGCGUGAAGACGCAGUCUCCGACACCGACAGCGAGCAACAACGAGAACGAGCCUCUCCCCGUCGGCUGGGAAGUAAAAAUUGACCCUCAGACCGGAUGGCCCUUCUUCGUGGACCACAACAACCGCGCGACCACCUGGAAUGACCCGCGUCACGACGCGAAAAAGGUCAGAGAAGUGUCAUCAAAUGGACCCAACAUACCUCCAGAACCGAGCCCUCAGGAGCCACACAAAGCCUUCAUGAGGGAGAUGAAGCACCCCAUUCUGCGGCCAGGUUACGUUCCUAUCCCCGUCUUCCAUGAGGGUGCGGAACUGAGGCAGCAACAGCAUCCGUGUUAUUCCUACAUCCAGCCCAACGCUGCACAGAGUAUCCGGUUGGACGGGCGGACACCUUCCCCGACGCCAGGGCUCCACUGCCGGCCCAGAUCCCCUUUACACGGCGCCACAAACAGCUGCUCCGCUGAGCCUGGAAAGGCCGCCUCGCCUGUCUCACAAACUGCAGAGGUUUACGCCGCCCCGCAUCACCAACCCCCACGGCCUAGCAGCACUGGUCUUCAAGCAGGUUACAUCCCCAUACCGGUGAUCCAUGAGGGUGGAGGAGGCCAAACACAGACGCAGCCUCAGUUGAAUCCUUCCGUCUACUCCCAGCGCGUCCCCUACUCAGAGCACCAGCAGCCCUUCUAUCGCCUUCAGUCUGACGAAUGGCCCGGCUACUCUGCAGCGAUGCCGCCUGCCCGGGAGAGGGCCUCUCCCAUUCCCCAGCAUCGUGAUGCUACAUCUAUUCACCUCCAACCUCAUAUUAGAAGCCAGUCACCUAUUGUAACGCAGGUUGGACUGGGAGAGAGACCACAGGCACAGCAGCAUGUCCUCACGAGAGACCCACCCCAGAAAAUGGAGCAGGAGCAGAAAAGCCUGCAGCAGAAACCCGAGAACGCACAGCACCCACAGCCGCUGCACGCGGUCGCUGACGUCCAAAAGCCUCAACAGUUUCAUCAAUCUCAACAGUUUCAGCAGCCUCAACAGUUUCAGCAGCCUCAACAGUUUCAACAGCCUCAACAGUUUCAGCAACCUCAACAGUUUCAACAGCCUCAACAGUUUCAACAGGCUCAACAGUUUCAACAGGCUCAACAGUUUCAACAACCUCAACAGUUUCAACCACCUCAACAGUUUCAACAGGCUCAACAGUUUCAGCACGCACCACCUCCAACGUCUCCACAGCCUCAGCAUCCUGAACAGUUGAUGCAGUCUCAGUUCGAGCAACCUCAGAAACCACCACCACAAGAACAAGAACAACAACCACCACCACAACAACAACAUACUGCAGAUAUCACAGUUCAAAUACCUCCAAAAGCAGAGUCCCAGGACAUGACAGCUGUUCCCCCAGGGGUCCCGCCGGUUGAGGCUGAGAGUGAACCGGGUGCCCAGAGCCCAGUGCACCCGGGCCUGGCAAAGGUACAGCAGAUAGUCGGACGGGUCGCCAAACUGGAGCAGGAGGUGAGAGGCUUUGAUGGAAAAAAGAAUGAUAAGAGAUACAUGUUGUUGGAGGAGCUGCUGACCAAGGAGCUCUUGGCGCUGGACUCGGUUGACCCAGAGGGUCGCAUAGACGUACGGCAGGCAAGACGGGAUGGAGUCCGCCGCGUUCAGACCAUACUGGAAGAACUGGAGCAACUGGAGGAGCGGCCGGGCAGGCCUGCAAGCAAGACGUCGAUGGAGGGAGACAGCCCGACACCCAAAGGAGAGCCAAGAAUGAUCACCAAGGAAAAUGUUGAGCUGUCAAAGGAGAUAUCAUGAUUUCACACCCCAUAAUCAGGAGGGAUGAAGGGCAACCCGCUUUAUAUUUGAUAGUGAUUGAGCCCCACUCCUCCAUCUACAACAUUUGUGGAAGUUGCAUGCAUUGAUUAACAGUGUUGUUAUUUACUGCCAUUCAACACAUAUUGGGACACAUAUGGGAGCUCAGUGCAAUCAUGUUUUUCAAGCCAAUGUUGUUGCCUUCUAUGUUGUGCCGAUGUCUUCAUAAUAAGACAGCUGUCACGAUCACAGUGUUGUCAACAAUUUCCAGUCCAAUUGAAGUUUUAAUAAGAGGCCUUUAUUAAUGAAAAGCAGCAGUAGUUUUCUAAAGAAACGUUGUGUGUGGUUGGCUUUUGUCCUGAUCAAAUCUUUUUGGGAGCUUUCCUUAAUCCAGUGAAUCAACCAGUCAGUGCACAUUGCAAACAUUGCGGCUUUAAAGCAGACGUCAGUGCACAACUCAGUCAACAGAAAAGCCUCUUCCCUUUACAUGUUGGAGCUGCUUUUUCACAGAACACACUGAUUAUGUUUGUUAGAUGCUGCUUUUUGGUGCAAUGCUGUCUUUGCACUUUGCCGUCAUUGAAAUGUAAUACGCUGAAACAUUAUCAGUAAUUCAUUUGAAAUAUAUAAGUUACAUAAGGUUUGAUUGAUGUGUUUGUAUGUGCAUUAGUUUACUUGUUAUUUCAAACACUAUUAUCAGUAUUUAUAUCACAUAGUAUUUUGGUAUAUUUAUGAAUGUGUAAAGACAACCUGAGUUGAGAUGUGUAUCUUACUCGACAUGUCCGACAAUCGGCGCUUGGUGUUGUCAGAAUGUAUAACUGCCACAAUCCGCAAUGACUCAAACACAAAAGAUGGCCUUAAAAAUGCCAACUGUGAUCAGUUGGACAAUUCUUUAAGCGAUAAAGUCAUGACGUAAAAAGUUAUUUUGAAGAUAAUGCUAAUUGUUUGUGUAGUAAUUUGUUGAUCUGAUGUGAUCAUAAACCAUCUGUGAGGUAUGGUCUCUGCAUAACACACCUUUACAAAUUAUGCUUUGUGGUGAAGUGUUAAUCACAGUUUACGAGUAGCAGACUGAUGCAUUGUUCAAAGCAAGUCACCUUGGUCUGUUUGAAAAUAAAAAUGUAUUUGACAUGG